AUGGCUGGUCCAUUUUCCGACUUUAUUUACCCAGGGGAGGAGUUUUCAAGCUCCUUGGACGACCUGUAUCUUCCAGUGCUGGCACUGGAAGACUGCGAGAUGGGACUGGCUGGCCCAUCCUCUCUCAAAACAGACCAUGAGGCGAAGCCGAGCCUCUUUGCAUUGUGUCCCCCAACGCCGGCCGUUGGAGACUUUGAUCCAGACAUCGCUGUCCCUGUACCUCCUCACAGUCCGUUUCAAGACAAGUUUCCACCAAUUGCACCAAUCACUCGCGAUGAGGAUGGCCUCGAUGUGGCUCAAGAAAGACGAGACCGCGACAAGGAAAUUUUCACGCUUUGGGCAGAAUCGCGAUUCAGUCCAUUGGACCAAAUGCGCCGUCCGGCGCGGCCAUCACCCUUCAUGAACGACUUUGACUUCACAUACUCAUUUUGGAAUCUUGUUGAUGUUCCUCUCAUCACAUUGGCUCCGGAAAGUGGUUUGCCCCAUCAGGUCUACGAGAAUUUCACCAAAGAGCAGAAAAAGCGUGUCCGCUUCUUCUCGGUACAAAGCUACCCAUCCACUUUCUGGCAUUUGGUUGAGCGUCUGAUCCCGAUCCAUGACUGUAUGCUCGAUUUUUUCGAAGCAAACGACCAGAACAUACAUCUCCUUGACGACUUCCCAAGAAAUAUUGCUCGCCACAUGAUGAAGAAGAUACAACUCGAUCACCAGAAACUGGUCACCAAGCUCGAUUCUGUGAUGAUUGGAGAGUGGAACGGACAGAUCGCCUACCCGGACGUUGAAGUCAACACUAUGAAGAUGUUUCUCAUGUUCAGAGAUCUCCGGAGAGCUCAGGAAUGGCUUAGGCAGGAAGUUGACAACAUCCAUCAACUUGCCACUAAGCGAGCUCAUCUACUCGAGUUGAUGGAGACAGGAGGUAAUACCAGAGGAGUACGUGCUGCUAAAAGACGAACCACUCCUGGUGUCAGAGCAGAAUUUCGCAUUCGCACCGAGGCGAAAGUCGGAGUGAUGGCUAGGUCAAUUUGCGACCUUGCCAGAAGACUGCGCAAAGUACACAGAUAUUUCGCUGGCGAAUUCCUCCGACUUCACAACCACCUCGCUGAUAAUAUGAGCUACAAACCCGCGGCUGGUCCGCUGUUUGAUGAAGAAAUCCACCCCAUUCGAAUGAACCCGAUCUAUGAGGGCUAUGCAAUGGAUCCGGCUGCUGAGAGUGUGGACUGGAUGAAGAAUUUGAUCUCCGAGGAGGAGGAGUAA